UGGAUCGAUUUUGGUGUCGUCAAGCUGUUCGAGUGUUGUGGAAGAGACCUUUUACAUUCCUGAAAUAUGACAGAGAUGCCAUUGCAAUUAUCACUACUUGGUUGGCGUGCUUGAGUGAGGAAGAUAAACGUCUUCUAAUAGAAAAAGAUGUCCCGCUGCAAUUAACGGCAUCCACAACUUUAUUCAAUUAUCCAAUGUUUUUGCAAGAAUUAAAUUUCGGACUUUUGGACGAUGCAGUUGGAAAAUGGGUUAAUGCUUGUGCGUCUUCUGCUCUUUCCAGACGACGAGAUAUGGUUAAUAAAUGGCGAAUUACAACUAGUCUAUGCAGGUUUAUUUUUCUACAUGCCGAAACUCUCACAACUAUCAAUAUCACGAAAUUUCAAGAUACGACAGAUGUCCCGAAUUUCACUAAAUUUCCAAGAGCUUUCUCAAUAAUUCCUCAGCUUAAAGAAAUUGGAUUCUGGGGAACAAAAGAAGCAAUCACAUUAGGUGAUUUGGCAAAUAUUAGAAAUUUUCUACUUGGUGUCCAUGUUCAUAAUCCACCGCUCUCAUGUCUUCAUAUUCGAAAUGAUCUCGUAGAUGUGGAGACACAAAAACUUAUUUCGAGCAUAGUUGAAUCGCAACAUGGACUAUCAGAGUUCAAAUUCAAAGGAAGUUGUGAUUAUUCUAAUGUGUCUUUAUUAAAAUUAUCAUCUGAUAAACUUUCGAAAUUAGAAUUUUAUCGAAUCGAUUUAAAUAAAUCAGUUGUGGAAGCUUUUUCCGCUUGUCCAAAUCUCACCAGUUUGACGUUUAUUUCGUGCACGAAUUGUUCAAACGAAAUGUGGGGGCCGGUUCUGAAUUCGACACUUCAACUUCGGCAACUUUAUUUCCAUCAACCAAAUCGAAAUAGCGGCAAUACUGAUAUGGCACCAUUGAUACAAGCGGCAGGUGAGAAUUUGGAAUUUUUAGUGCUUGGACAAGAUUACUCAACUUCUGUGUUCGAAGCAAUACAAGAAUGCUGUCCAAACAUAACGGCACUAUCAAUAACACAAACAAAAGAUAGUGUCUCGACAAUUUUCCCAGCUAUAGCAAGUUGCAAAAAUCUUUGCCAAUUAUCGUUACGAGUCGAACAUUGGGAAGGAUUCGCCAGUGAUGUGAUUCUAAAUGAUCUUGCAAAUUCAAUUCCAUCUGAGCUUGUUGCUCUAAAUCUGGAUCUCCCCAUAACGCCCGAACAAUUAUCUACAUUUCUGAUGAAUAUCAAAUCACCGCUUGCAAGACUUGGUCUCGUCAAUAAACGGACAUUAACAGAUGAACAUCUUUCUGUGAUCACACAAUUUGCAAAGACACGAGGUACACUAAAGAAAAUUGGAUUUGGCGGACUCUACAAAUUAUGGUUUCAGUUCAAUCAAGAAAAAGUGCUCGAGGCAAAAAAAUAUGUGGAUUUUGUUCAAAAUAUUUGGUUUGAUAUGUACGCAGAAAGGCUGGAGGCGGAAUUUAAG